UAUCCCCCAAUCUUUUACUCAAUUUUCUUCACUGUGUGAAACUGUGUGUAAAUAGGGCUUUAACAUAUCGAUAGGGUUUCAUCUCGAACACAAAUUGAGCCUGAAAUUGUUGAAAUCGUGCAUCUAUACGUUUCACUGAACCCUAAUUUGUUGUUAAUUUUGGUUUUUUUACUACGUGGUGGUGUUAUCUAGCUGGAAGCUUAACUUAUAAACCCUAGGUUUUGAAGAACUCAAUUGCGUGCAUUGGAAGCUAUCGCGAUGCUGUUAGAAGUUGAAAUUAGUUCGGUGAAGUAAGUUGAAGGAUAGAGAGAAAAGAGGAAAGAAGCUAUGGCUGGGGAUGAUAAGGAGUUAAUAUUGGCAUGCACUAUUUCGGGAACUCUUUUCGCUUUGUUGGGGUCGGCUUCUUUUGCGAUACUUUGGGCAGUUAAUUGGCGGCCAUGGCGGAUUUACAGUUGGAUAUAUGCUAGAAAGUGGCCAAGUUUCUUACAAGGGCCUCAACUGGGUAUAUUAUGCGGAUUUCUGUCACUAUGUGCAUGGAUAAUUGUCAUCUCUCCAAUUGUAGUUCUAGUAGCAUGGGGAAGUUGGUUAAUAUUAAUAUUGGGGCGAGAUAUUAUCGGUUUAGCAGUUAUCAUGGCUGGAACAGCUCUGCUUUUAGCUUUCUAUUCAAUCAUGCUUUGGUGGAGAACACAAUGGCAGAGUUCAAGGGCGGUUGCUGUUCUUCUACUUCUGGCGGUUGCACUGCUAUGUGCAUAUGAACUGUGUGCAGUAUAUGUGACAGCUGGCUCAACUGCUCCACAACGAUAUUCACCUUCUGGAUUCUUCUUCGGGGUGUCAGCAAUUGCUUUAGCAAUCAAUAUGCUCUUCAUUUGCAGAAUGGUCUUUAACGGUAAUGGUUUGGAUGUUGAUGAGUAUGUUCGAAGUGCAUAUAAGUUUGCGUAUUCGGACUGUAUUGAAGUGGGGCCCGUUGCAUGUUUACCUGAACCACCAGAUCCAAAUGAUUUAUAUCCUCGUCAGUCUAGAAGGGUGUCACAUCUCGGGCUUCUUUACCUUGGGUCACUUCUUGUACUUCUUGUGUAUUCUAUAUUAUACGGUUUAACAGCAAAGGAGUCCAAUUGGCUUGGGGCAAUUACAUCAGCUGCCGUUAUAAUUCUUGAUUGGAACAUGGGUGCCUGUUUAUACGGUUUUCAACUUCUUCAAAGCCGUGUUAUUGCUCUCUUUGUUGCUGGCACUUCUCGUGUUUUCUUGAUUUGCUUUGGAGUUCAUUACUGGUAUCUUGGGCACUGUAUUAGUUACGCUGUUGUGGGGUCCGUUUUACUUGGUGCAGCUGUAACUCGUCAUUUAUCUAUCACAAACCCAUUAGCUGCAAGGAGAGACGCUUUACAAAGUACUGUAAUUCGUUUACGUGAGGGUUUCAGAAGAAAAGAACAGAACAGUUCAUCAAGCUCAUCAGAAGGGUGUGGGUCAAGUAUCAAACGAAGUAGCAGUGCCGAAGUGGGCCACCUCGGUAACAGUACACAUUGCAUGGGUGAGCCGAACAGCUGGGCCCACAUGGAAGGGGUCAACAGUGAGAAAAGUUUGGAUAGUGGAAGACCAAGUUUAGCUCUACGUAGCAGUUCAUGUCGAUCAGUUAUUCAAGAGGGUGCGGUUGGCCCGUCAUCAUACGCAGAUAGAAAUCCUGACCCGAAUAGCUCAUUGAUGGUCUGUUCUAGCAGCGGGCUCGAGAGCCAAGGGUGCGAGUCUAACGACUCGGGUAACCAACAUGUUCUUGAAAAUCUGGCGAUGGCGUUUCAAGAAAAAUUUAACGACCCCAGAAUUGCGUCUUUAUUGAAAAGGAGAGCACGUGCAGGAGACAUUGAGUUGACUAAUUUAUUGCAAGAUAAAGGGUUAGACCCGAAUUUUGCUGUUAUGUUGAAAGAAAAAGGGUUGGAUCCAACGAUACUCGCACUGUUGCAAAGGAGUAGUUUGGAUGCAGAUAGAGAUCAUCGUGAUAAUAACGAGAUUAUGAUAAACGAUUCUAACAACGAUGUUAAUAACGAUUUGCCUAAUCAAAUUUCGUUAUCUGAAGAACUUAGGAUUCGCGGGCUGGAAAAAUGGUUAAGAAUCUGUAGAUUGCUUUUGCAUCAUAUCGCUGGUACACCUGAACGGGCAUGGGUUCUUUUUAGUUUUGUGUUUAUUGUUGAAACUGUUAUUGUGGGCCAGUUUCGUCCGAAAACAGUUGAAGUCAUUGGUGCAACACACCAGCAGUUUGAGUUUGGGUGUGCGGUGCUGUUAUUAUCCCUCGUUAUUUGUUCCAUCAUGGCAUUCCUGCGGGCCUUACAAGCAGAAGACAUGGUCAUGACAUCCAAACCUCGAAAGUAUGGUUUUAUUGCUUGGCUACUGAGCACAUGUGUUGGCCUUCUGCUGUCUUUCUUGAGCAAGUCAUCUGUUCUUCUUGGGUUGUCUUUGACUGUUCCACUCAUGGUAGCAUCUCUUUCUGUUGCAAUUCCUAUUUGGAUACGUAACGGCUACCGUUUUUGGGUAUCAAGAGAUAAUUAUGGAAAUCAAGUCGGAAAUUAUCGCUCAUUUUGGAUGAAAGAGGGAGUUGUUCUUUCGAUCUGUAUAUCAGUAUUUGUCGGAUCAGUAUUAGCUCUUGGUGCAAUAGUCUCCGCAAAACCUUUAGAGGAUUUGGGCUACAAGGGUUGGGCCGGUGGUCAAAACAGUAUCAAAUCACCAUACGCAUCGUCAGUUUACCUGGGUUGGGCCAUGGCCUCCAUAAUUGCUUUAAUAGUUACGGGUCUGUUACCAAUUGCAUCAUGGUUCGCCACAUACCGAUUUUCGCUCUCUUCAGCUAUAUGUGUAGCCAUAUUUUCAGUUGUUCUGGUUGCAUCUUGUGGUGCAUCGUAUCUGGAAGUUGUGAAUUCAAGGGAUGAUGAUGUACCAGAAAAAAGCGAUUUUCUAGCUGCGUUACUUCCAUUAGUGUGCGUCCCCGCUUUGCUAUCUCUUUGUUCUGGUUUGCUUAAAUGGAAGGAUGACAACUGGAGGCUUUCACGAGGUGCUUACGUGUUCAUUAUCAUUGGUCUUCUUCUUCUUCUUAGUGCAAUAUCAGCUGUUAUAGUCAUAAUCAAACCAUGGACGAUCGGGGCAUCAUUUCUUUUACUUCUCCUACUCAUAGUCCUAGCUAUCGGUAUCAUUCACUUCUGGGCUUCGAAUAACUUUUACUUAACCAGAAUGCAAACAUUUGUGGUUUCUUUUCUUGCAUUUCUACUGGCCCUUGCUGCAUUCUUUGUUGGAUCACAUCAAGGCAAAUUUUUUGUUGGAGCUUCUGUGGGUUACUUCUCGUUUUUGUUUCUUCUGGCUGGCAGAGCAUUAACUGUGCUUCUUUCACCUCCUAUCGUAGUAUAUUCUCCACGAGUGUUACCCGUAUAUGUAUACGAUGCACAUGCAGAUUGUGGGAAAAAUGUCAGUGUAGCUUUCAUUGUCCUUUAUGGGAUUGCAUUAGCAAUCGAAGGCUGGGGCGUUGUUGCAAGUUUAGUGAUUUAUCCACCGUUUGCCGGAGCAGCUGUUUCAGCAAUUACACUUGUUGUGUCAUUUGGGUUUGCUGUGUCUCGUCCAUGUUUGACUCUUGAGAUGAUGGAAGAUGCUGUACACUUUCUUAGUAAGGACACUGUCAUUCAAACUAUUGCUCGAUCUGCCACCAAGACAAGAAAUGCGCUAGCGGGAACGUAUUCGGCUCCUCAAAGAUCUGCCAGCUCAGCUGCUCUUUUAGUCGGAGACCCUAACAUUACACGAGAUCGAGCAGGGAAUUUUGUGCUCCCCAGAGCUGAUGUCAUGAAAUUAAGAGAUCGAUUGAAAAACGAAGAAUUAGCUGCAGGAUCGAUUAUUCGAAAAAUAAAACACGGGAUAUUAUUUCGACACGACUCAGCUAAUGACGCUGGUUAUAGAAGAGAAAUGUGUGCGCACGCAAGAAUUUUAGCAUUAGAAGAAGCAAUCGAUACAGAAUGGGUGUACAUGUGGGAUAAAUUCGGUGGUUAUUUACUUCUUUUGCUAGGUUUAACUGCUAAAGCUGAACGUGUACAGGAUGAGGUUCGUUUAAGACUUUUUCUCGAUAGCAUCGGUUUUUCAGAUCUAAGUGCUAAAAAGAUAAAGAAAUGGAUGCCGGAAGACCGUAGGCAGUUUGAAAUUAUACAAGAGAGUUAUAUAAGAGAAAAGGAGAUGGAAGAGGAAGUAUUGAUGCAGAGACGUGAAGAAGAAGGAAGGGGUAAAGAGAGAAGAAAAGCUCUUUUAGAAAAGGAAGAAAGAAAAUGGAAGGAAAUAGAAGCUACUCUUAUAUCAUCGAUUCCAAAUGCCGGAAGUCGGGAAGCAGCCGCCAUGUCAGCGGCAGUCAGGGCGGUUGGUGGUGAUUCGGUUCUCGAUGAUUCUUUUGCACGGGAACGAGUGUCAAGUAUCGCACGAAGAAUUCGUGCCACUCAGUUAGCCCGUCGGGCCCUCCAGACGGGAAUCUCAGGUGCGGUGUGUGUUCUUGAUGAUGAACCAGUAACGAGCGGUAGAUAUUGUGGCCAGCUGGAUCCGACUAUCUGCCUUAGCCAAAAGGUUAGUUUUUCGAUGGCGGUUAUGAUCCAGCCCGAGUCUGGGCCUGUUUGUCUUCUGGGUACCGAGUUUCAGAAACAAGUGUGUUGGGAGAUUCUCGUUGCGGGUUCCGAGCAAGGAAUUGAAGCGGGCCAAGUCGGGCUUAGGCUCAUAACAAAGGGAGACAGACAAACUACUGUUUCAAAAGAGUGGAAUAUUGGUGCAGCAUGUAUUGCUGAUGGAAGGUGGCAUAUGGUUACUGUUACCAUUGACGCUGAUUUAGGGGAGGCGACCUGCUACCUAGACGGCGGGUUUGAUGGAUACCAAACCGGGUUACCAUUACGUGUUGGAAACGGCAUUUGGGAGCAGGGAACAGAAGUUUGGGUCGGUGUUAGACCACCAACUGACGUGGAUGCGUUUGGGCGGUCUGAUAGUGAAGGAUCCGAAUCCAAAAUGCACAUAAUGGAUCUUUUCCUAUGGGGACGAUCCUUAUCAGAAGAUGAAAUUUCUGCUCUAUCUGCAGCCAUGGGGUCCACCGAGUACAACAUGUUUGAUCUCCCUGAGGAUAAUUGGCAAUGGACAGAUUCUCCCCCUAGAGUUGAUGAAUGGGAUAGUGAUCCUGCUGAGGUGGAUUUAUACGACAGAGAUGACGUUGACUGGGACGGACAAUAUUCAAGCGGGAGAAAAAGAAGAUCCGAACGUGAAGGAGUGGUGGUUGAUAUGGAUUCUUUCACAAGACGGUUGAGAAAACCGAGAACCGAAACUCAUGAAGAGAUCAUUCAACAAAUGCUAUCUGUUGAACUUGCGGUUAAAGAAAAUCUCCUGGCUAAAGGAGAAGCACACUUUACUGACCAAGAGUUCCCGCCAAAUGACCGCUCGUUGUUUGUGGACCCCGAUAACCCUCCCUCUAAAUUGCAAGUCGUGUCUAAAUGGUCGAAACCAACUGAAAUCGUAGCGGAAAACCAGCUCGGUUCUCCCCCGUGCUUAUUUUCGGGUGACGUAAAUCCUUCUGAUGUCUGUCAGGGCCGGUUGGGUGAUUGUUGGUUUUUGAGUGCGGUUGCUGUUCUGACCGAGGUUUCUCGAAUAUCAGAGGUUAUAAUUACUCCCGAGUAUAACGAGGAAGGAAUCUACACAGUCCGUUUCUGUAUUCAGGGCGAAUGGGUUCCGGUUGUUGUUGAUGACUGGAUUCCAUGUGAAUCACCAGGAAAACCGGCUUUUGCCACAAGUAAAAAGGGGAAUGAGCUAUGGGUUUCAUUAUUAGAAAAAGCAUACGCCAAACUUCACGGGUCCUACGAGGCACUAGAAGGCGGGCUAGUCCAAGACGCACUUGUUGACCUAACGGGCGGUGCUGGUGAAGAGAUUGACAUGAGAAGUGCACAGGCUCAGAUCGAUCUCGCUAGCGGGAGAUUAUGGUCUCAAUUGUUACGAUUCAAACAAGAAGGAUUCUUAUUAGGCGCCGGAAGCCCAUCGGGUUCAGAUGUUCAUAUAUCUUCAAGCGGGAUUGUUCAGGGCCAUGCUUACUCGUUGUUACAGGUGCGGGAAGUUGAUGGACAUAAACUCGUGCAAAUUAGAAACCCAUGGGCUAAUGAAGUGGAAUGGAACGGCCCGUGGUCUGAUUCAUCGCCAGAAUGGACGGACAGGAUGAAACACAAACUUAAGCAUGUUCCUCGGGCAAAAGACGGUAUAUUCUGGAUGUCAUGGCAAGAUUUCCAGAUUCAUUUCCGAUCUAUAUACGUUUGUCGGGUCUACCCACCCGAGAUGAAAUACUCGGUCCAUGGUCAAUGGCGAGGUUACAGUGCUGGUGGCUGCCAGGAUUACGACACGUGGCACCAAAACCCUCAAUUCAGAAUCCGAGCCACUGGUUCAGACGCAUCAUGUCCCAUACACGUGUUCAUAACCUUGACUCAGGGGGUGAGUUUCUCGAGAACAACAGCUGGAUUCCGAAACUAUCAAUCUAGUCAUGAUUCGAUGAUGUUCUACAUUGGAAUGAGGAUAAUCAAGACACGUGGACGCCGUGCUGCUUAUAAUAUCUAUUUACACGAAUCGGUUGGUGGGACCGAUUAUGUAAAUUCCCGAGAAAUAUCAUGUGAGAUGGUUUUGGAGCCUGACCCGCGCGGUUACACAAUAGUACCAACAACGAUACACCCCGGAGAAGAAGCCCCUUUUGUUCUUUCUGUUUUCACCAAAGCAUCCAUCACUCUCGAAGCUUUAUAGAUUUGACCAUUUGGGAUCGGGUCAAUAGAUUUGAACACAUUGGGCUGCUCGGGUUUUCAGAGACCUGUGCGUUGCGGGCUUGGGUUUUCGCAGGCCCGAAUGGUGGCUCUCGGAUUCUUCGUUGUUGUUGAGGCUUUUGACGUUGUGAGAGGGGGUAUGCAGUGGCGGUGUAAGAGUGUAAUGAUGUAAAUGAAUAGGAAAAGAGAUAGGAAAUUUGAGUUAGAUAGUGCCCUAGGUGCAGUUUUGAAGGGAGGUUUAGUGGCUUUGCCUACCGUUCGAUUCAUGUAAAUGUCGACUUUUUAAGGUUUUUUAAUCGAAAUGUGCAAUAUAAUCUAAUUUUACUGUUAUUGAA